UUGUGAGUCCUACUUCAAGUUGAACCGCGUCGAGUUACAUCGCUUUGUAUGACAUGAUAAGGAGGCCAGUAAUAAUUCAUGUGUUUAACUGAAGCUGAAAAUCUGGAAAAUUAAUGCACGAAUACUUAGAGAUUAUUGCGUGCAUGAAUGUGGGCAACACAUGAUUCGAAAAAAAAAAAAAAAAUAGAGCUUAGGCAGAUCUGUGUACAACGCGAUACAAGCCAUACCACUCAGAAGAUUCCGGGGGCGCAGAUUUCCCUUACCGUUUCACCGUUCUCUUUUGAGAAACGGAAGGCAGGCUCAGUUAAGGUGGUGGAUUUUUCUCAUGUAUAUAUUUUUGUUAUUACUGGUGCACAGUUGUAGCCUAUAUGCUUAUCAAAAAUUUGAUAAAACAACGACCAACAGCCGUUGUAAUGUGAAUGCAUUAUUAUUAUUAUUAUUAUUAUUAUUAUUAUUAUUAUUAUUAUUGAAUUAGUCUUCCUAUGGAACAAUGAAACACGCAUUGUCGGAUCGACCGUCAGCAUUUCCAACGUGAAUGAGGCAGUUAGUGCAAUUCAGUGCUUGGGAUUCAGUGCUGAAAUCGUCGCUCAAUAAGGAUCUUACAUCGGGAAGACGGAGCCUAAAAACCUAAAUAAUUCUUAAGUCGGAGAAGAACGUGGAAUGGAUGCAAUGUUUUGGCAUUCAGGAAGUCAAAUUGGAUGACAUCACAUACUUCUACUGCACAACAGUGAACUGGGCCAGCCUCUUCUGUGAAAAUGCAUAUCUGGAUAUUGAAAAUAAUCGCUUUGGUUGUUACAUCUCUUGGCUUCAUAGAGAUGUAUGAUAAUUAUGGAGAGAUCUGCAGAAACCUCUGUACCUGCGAAGAGAAAGACGGGAUCCUGACUGUCAGCUGUGAGAAUCGAGGGAUCAUCAGGCUGACAGAAAUUAGCCCUGUGCAUUUUUCCACCUAUCAUCUGUUGCUGACUGGCAACCUCUUAAAAAAACUUUCUGUCAAUGACUUUGUCAAUUAUGCUGGGGUUACAAUUUUGCAUUUGGGCAACAAUGACAUCUCAGAGGUCGAGACGGGGGCUUUUAAUGGCCUUCAGGGAUUAAGGAGGCUGCAUCUGAACAAUAACAAAAUAGAUGUCUUGAGGGAUGACACUUUUGUUGGCCUAGAAAGUCUGGAAUAUCUACAGAUUGAUUACAAUUACAUUACCAAUAUAGAACCGAAUGCCUUGAGCAAGCUCCAUCACCUGGAGGUGCUGAUUUUGAAUGAUAAUUUGCUCUCCGCUCUGCCAACAAACAUAUUCCGCUAUGUCCCAUUGACUCACCUUGACCUUAGGGGGAACCGCUUGAAAAUGUUCCCUUACAUUGGUCUACUGGAGCACAUGGACAAAGUGGUGGAAUUACAGCUGGAAGAGAACCCCUGGAAUUGUUCUUGUGAGCUCAUUGCCCUGAAGGCAUGGCUAGAGAGCAUCUCUUACACUGCACUAGUAGGGGAGGUGGUUUGUGAGACCCCUUUUCGCCUGCACGGGCGGGAUCUGGAUGAGGUCUCCAAGCAGGAGCUUUGCCCCAGGAGGGCAAUUUCUGAGUAUGAGAUGAGGCCUCCGCCCCCGCUCAGCACCACGGGGUACUUCCAGACCACCCCAGCGGCCGCCACGGCCUCUGCCACCUCCUCCGCAGUGCUGCGGUCAUCCUCACGGCCGACUAAGGGCACCCGCCCGCCCAGCAAGUCACGGUCCAAGCCCACCUCCCGAAUCCCCUCUAACAACCCGUACAACUAUGGCCCUAUAAUCGCAUAUCAGACUAAGUCUCCUGUGCCUUUGGAUUGCCCCACUGCCUGCACCUGUAAUCUGCAAAUCUCAGACCUGGGUCUGAACGUCAACUGCCAGGAGAGAAAGAUCGAGAACAUCUCUGAUCUAAAGCCCAAACCAUACAACCCAAAAAAGAUGUACCUCACGGGGAACUACAUCCCCGUUGUAAGGCGGUCCGAUUUUGUGGAGGCCACUGGAUUAGACCUACUUCACCUCGGGAACAACCGGAUAGCCCUAAUUCAUGACAGAGCUUUUGGGGAUUUAACAAACUUGCGUAGGCUGUACCUGAAUGGAAAUCUCAUCGAUCGGCUCACGGCUGAUAUGUUUUUCGGGCUGCAGAAUCUGCAGUACCUCUAUUUAGAAUACAAUGUGAUCAGAGAAAUUGUGUCAGGCACUUUCCGCUACGUGCCAAACCUCCAGUUGCUUUUUCUCAAUAACAACCUUCUAAAAACCUUACCCGGGGGCAUAUUCACUGGUAUGACUCUCGCCAGGCUUAAUCUCCGCAGCAACCACUUCCAGAAUCUUCCCGUAAGCGGUGUCUUAGAUCAGCUGAAGUCACUGGUGCAGAUAGAUCUGCACGAGAACCCAUGGGAUUGCUCGUGCGACGUGGUGGGCAUGAAGAUCUGGCUGGAGCAGCUCAAUCCUGGCACCGUGGUGAAUGAGGUGAUUUGCAGCACCCCCAAGAGGCUGGCCGGGGAAGACAUGCGCUCGGUCCUGUCUGACCUCCUGUGCCCGGAUUACACUGAUGUGAUCCCGUCUACUGCCACCCCUUCUGAGGAGCCCUUCCUGGGCGGGACCACCACUGUCGAGGCUUCCCCGAAAUACAACACCCCGUCCAGCACAGUCCCCCUCUCCGUCCUCAUCCUCAGCCUCCUGCUGGUCUUCAUCAUGUCCGUCUUCGUGGCAGCGGGGCUCUUCGUGGUGGUGGUGAAGAAGCGCAAGAAGUCCCAGAACGACCGGAGCAGCACAAACAACUCUGAUGUCAGCUCCUUCAACUUGCAGUACAGCCUCUACAGCAACAGGCCGGUCCCGAAGGUCAAAACACCCGCCGGGCACGUGUACGAGUACAUACCGCACCCAUUGGGCCACAUGUGCAAGAACCCCAUCUACAGGUCCAGGGAGGGGAACACGGUAGAGGAUUACAGAGACCUUCAUGAGCUAAAGGUGACGUACAGGAACACCAUGGACGAAGAGAGGGACAGCAACCUGCGAAGCCCCACUUACAGCGUGAGCACCAUCGAACCCCGGGAUGACCCCUCCCCCGUGCAAGACGCCGAGCACUUCUUCAGAAGCAUCCUCGAACCCGAGAAGCAGUCUCCUUCCAACAGCUACGAGUACAAGUACGGAGGCCAUGCCUCGUACGCGUACACACCCAGCUUUGACGUCAGACGUCAGUUUCUGCAUCCAGAGAGCAUACGAGAGACGAUGCUUUAUGGAACAGCACCGAGUACUGUUUAUGUGGAGCCCAACAGAAAUGAAUACUUAGAACUAAAAGCUAAGCUUCAAGUUGAGCCGGACUACCUCGAAGUUCUUGAGAAACAGACAACAUUCAGCCAGUUUUGAACCACAUGUUUGUCUAUAUAAAUCUAUAAGAAGCAUUUUUUACAAUAUCAAAAGCAUUAAUUAAUGCAUUAAGUAUUGUUUAAAGGAACAAAAAAAAAAAACAUUCAAGCAGAAAGUAUGGUUUAAAGCUGGGGGGAAGCCUUGGCACAAAUUAACAAAUCACAAGGAACAGUAAUAGGGGUGUGCUGGCCGAUAUUAUCCUUAUUUUUAAAACUCCAUUGCAUUGCAUUACUGAUGUCCAAUGCUCUCUGAACUAAGCUGGAAGAAUUUAAGGGUUGCGAUUCAUAACUGGUGAUGCAAAGUAUAUUUUUUUAUGUUUAAGAUACACAUUAAUGUAGAUGUACAGGCAAUUUUACCCAAAUACAUUUUAAGGAAUAUAAACAUGCAUAUAUUGUGAAUCACUAUUCACCUUCUGAUCAAAGCACUGCAAAGUAGUGCAUUAUAGUGGACAGGACACUGCUGCUCUGGUCUGUAUGUAUCUAUUUAUUGGUAUGCUCUUCUGAACUCUACCACGUACUUUCAGAAAAUUUGAUUCUUCAUUGAUAUUACCUGAGUCAUGUUUUCAUAAUCCUCUGUAAAGCUUAUGUUUGUAAUUUCUGAUCAUUUACUGUAGCUCGCAUAGUCAAAGUGGCUUUAUUUAAAGUUGGCACACUCCAAAAAAGAAAAAAAAAGGACUUCUGUGUCAUCUGAUGAAAAAAGUGUUUCUGUGGGCUUUCUGCACUUUUUAAUUUUUAUUUUAUUAUUUUUAUCUUUUUUUUAUUUUUGAAUGGAGGCCCAUGAGUCUGUAUGGUUUCUCCAGAAAUUAAAAAAGAGGGGGAAAUAAUAGGAGAAAUAUUAUAUAUUAAAAAUGAAUAUAUGUAUUCAUUCUUAAUAUGUAUUUUUAAUAUGUGUUUAACAUUCAUAAAUGACUGAAGUAAUAAUUAUGUUGUGUACUGUAUUACUGAACUUGUAACACAAUGUAACACCAUUUUAAUUUUAUUUAGAUUUAAUUUUAUUUUUAUACAAGUAUUCACAAUUAUCUUUUCUUAACUGUUCUGAUUGCUUUGCACAUAUUGCACUAUAUUGACCAAAACAUGUUAAUAUCAACAAUAAAUAUGAUGUCAGGUUCCUGUAGUUACAUACUUUGACAGAUAAAAAGGAUUUUUCUGUAGAUAUUACCACCCCUUAAGUGGUAAUUGCUCAUGAAGGAGUCAUAAUUCAGGUUUCAAGAACAUUGUAACUGUUGUACUCUUCAGUUAUUAUUAUUAUUAUUAUUAUUAUUAUUCAGUAAAAAGUAAUCACUUAAACAUAAAUACAUUCAACUUCAAUUAUGUAUUUGGCAUAAUCAUACUUAAGAAAUCAGAAAACACAAAAAAGGUUUUAAAAAAGGUUUUUCCAAUAUAUUUAUACAGAAUGCACGAUUUAUGUCAAAACCAAACCACUUUUUAUUCCCUCACCAUAUGUUGCUCAGACAAGGUGGAGCCGAGUCAUCUAUCUCACAAAGAUGGAUUUCACCAAUUGAAGAAGAAGAAAUGUCUAUCUGGUGCACUCAGAAAUAAAAGCCUCUGGGGUCCUAUCACAGAAAUAACAUUCUUCAGGUCUCUCUUUUAUAGCUCCACACCAAUUAAAAAGCCUCUGUGGAGAGAAAGGUCUGAGACGAGGUUUGUCCACAGAUAUAUAUAAUUUCCUUCGCAAAAGGGUGAAUCACAGCAAAUGGGCAAACGUCUGACCUCCUGGCAAGAUCAAACCCAUGUUCCAGGUCUUGCACAAUGGUGGCAGAGACAUGUUGGCAAAUUACUUGGAGCAAAAACCAAUUUAUAUCUGGAGAUAAUGUUUUAUUUCCUGUCAGACUUCUUUUAUUUACUUUUAGUGUUUUAGUUUUUUUUUUUUUUUUUCUUGCUGGACCAAUUAGAUCUCAGUUGAGAUAUUUAACACUAAAUGAAUAAUUAUGGCCACUGCUUUCAAGGCUGUUCUUGUAUUCCUUCUGAAAGAUGUCCAUGUCAUUAUCCUCUGACUAUAAGCAAUUAUACAGAAUCGAAAGAUGAAGCCACAAGGAUUUUGAACCUUCAAAAAGUGGCUAUUAAUUAGUGUUUUUUUUUCCACACUUAGGUGCAUGUAUGCAUAAUCUGUGUACUGUUUUGAGUGAAUGUCAUGCAGAUUCUCCCAGCGUGUCAGAUACUUAUAGUGGGAUUGUACAUUUAGUGGGAAAAAGCUCAUCUGUUAAAAUAGGAAUACUGAUAAAAUAUUCGGUUCAAGUGGGGGAAGGGAUGGGGCGGUCAUAACCUUGCAUUGACCCCAGCAAGAAACCUAUAGAGAAUUAACAAAUUAGCAUACAGCAUCCCUCUGUGUGAAAAGGUUAUCUCCAUCCUUAACCACGCAAACAGUGCUGUACUUGCAUCAGGUGAAUGGCCUGUAGAGAUCAAUGCUGAAGAAGAGAUGGCUUUGCCUGCACAGCCUAUUUAUAAUAUUCAUGUUUACUGCUAUAUUUAUUUAUUUAUUUAUGUAUUUAUUUACAUUUUUGUUUUGAUUUGAUAGAUUGGCAGAGGGAAAAAUAACACGAUCUGGAUGUGGGAAGCAGAUAGUCGAAUGCUAGAACAGCCAGGCAUCUUUUCCCAGAGCCAAUCAAAGCAGAGUCCAAAGCGGCAGGACAGAAUUGGCUUUGUCCGCUAUGGUGUGGUGUGCCAGGGUUCCCAAAAUAAACACCUGUAAUCGUCCUUUCCAAAGACCCCAGAGGGUACCGGUUGUCAGCAAGACACACACCUCUCCUCUGACAUGUGAUAUCUCUGUUGUGGUGGCCUGCAGUGUGUAAUAUAGUGCCUUGUAUCUGAUCAAUAUGGCCUUAACUUUGAGUUGCAAGUACUAGUUUUAUUUAUACUUCACAAACUUUAGUGAUGCCUGAACUUGCCAUCGCUUUUGUUAAUCAAAUGCUAGAAUUAUUUAUUGAAUCCCAGCCAGUGUCCGACUUGUUGCGUGUUCUAGAAGAGUCAGACACUUUAGAGGCAGCACUGUUUAGGCAGGUUUGAGUGACAUAGUGGUCAUUCAAGAGCCAGAAUAGCAAUUUGUAAUUUGGGGAGAUAUGUACAUGGCAUGAAAUUUCAAACGCAUAAAGAAAUGUACCGCACGUAAAUAUUAAUAGAUUGCUGUUGAAACUGGGAAUAUUGAGCAUUUACAUAUCAUUUCACAGAUUUCGCCUGCUGCUAUCUUUGUUACAAUUUGUUUUAUGUGACUGUCUCUAUCUACCACUACGCCUGGUUCAGUCAUGUAUGUGCACGUUUUACAUAUUACGCACAGUUUGAUUUACACAAGGGAAUGUAAAAUCAUAUAGAUCAUAUACAUCAGCCAUAAACAACAUGGUGGUUCUAGUGUUAAGAUAAGUAAUAUCUGAGAAAGCAAAUAAUGAGCCUCAGUGAAUGUUCAUUGGAUUAAUCAUAACAUUUAGCAAAAUUGCUCAAUUCGGGAGUGUUCAAGUGUGCAAAGAUUUAAAGUCUUUCAUUUAUCCUUAUAAUAGUGUAUUAAAAUUGUAAUUGCUUGUUGUGGUAUUUAUUUAUUUAUUUACUUUGUAAGCUUGCAAUUUUCAUGUAUGAUUGAAUACAUAUUUAAUAACCUUUUUAAAGGUUUACAGGAGGGAUAUUUUUUCAUUUUCAUUUCAUCCGUAUGUCAUUUUUAAAAUGUAUUCAAAGCAUGUAAUCUCUGACGCGUAUCAUCAUCAUUACCUUCAUAGCAUAACUCACACCAAAUCGCUCCUUUCUUCAGUGAGCCAAACAGCUGUUCAUUACAUAUAUCAAAAUAUAAAAUGGCCGCAGUAUAAAUGAUGUUCAAAAUAUUUUGUGGUAUGUGUCAAUAAUGCUGUAAAAGAAAGGACAGGCCGCAGGGUGUAAGCUGAUUUGUGGAUAUGCCGUAAAGCUGACAGCAAGCACAGCACGCUCGGUCACCGGAACCUUCCCCUGCCUCGGGUGAUGGCCGUGGCGUUUACUAUCAUCAUCGCUUCUCGCUCCUUACGCAUGUUUGUUUUGCAGCGGUACGGGCGGCCUUCCCCUCAUUUAUCUGGAUCCACAGUUAGCCUGCAUCUUGAUCAUCAUUGGCCGCCGCACUACUGAAUCUCGCCUCUGAACGUGUGUCAGACCAAAACACGAAAAUGUUGACGCUUGGUUUAUGUAGUCUGCGGUAGAGUCAUUUAACUGUACCUGAGGGAACUGUGAUUUUGCUUGUUACGAGUGGGAGAAGCCUUGAUCCAGAGCACAGCAGAGGUGGCAAGGAAAAUGCUGAAUGCAGGAUCCAAGCUGUACUGUCUCAGGCAAAUGAAAAGACACGAGCAUGCGAACAGGAUUUUCCACAUAAUGCACCCCUUAAAGCUUCGUCACCCCUGAACAGCCUGUGACAUGUUGGGUCACAACCCAGCUAUUAUGCUUUUUAUACAUUUAAUGUGACGCGUUGUGCUAAUCAUCAAAGCUACACUUAAGCUACACUGAAAUAGGGCCUGCUGGUGGCUCAUCCUGUGAAAACACUGCUGUAGUUGCACGGAUGGCACCCGUGGGCUGAUUUCGAAUUCACUGUGCCAGUGCUGACUGUGGUCGGUGGCCCCACAGGGUACGCAUAAUUGGCUCUGGCCUUAUCGCAGGAUGGGAGCCAGCUGGGAUUUACAGUAUCUCUUUGCACACUAGGGACCCCUAUUGGUCGAUCGUGUGCUUGCAGCUUUGCCUGUUGAAUUGCACAUGAAGUGUCUUCCUCAGGCUCAUGUCUGUGUGGCAUAAGAGCACUUGCUUGCUGUCUGUGCUGUUCUGAAUCAACAGCAAUGAGCAUUACUGGCCUUUUGAAAACACAUUUGAAAUAAGGGAGCAAUACUGAACUUGAAAUGUAUUUAUUUAUUUAUUUAUUUAUUUAUGCUUACUGCAUGCAGUGCAGGCCAUUGCCAUCACUGAAAGAAACGUGUUAAAAAUGUGUUAGAACAAAGUAACAACGGCUUCAAUUUAUUUGUAAAAACUCAAUUGACAUUGUGCCAUUGGGGGUUUAUACUUUAUUUUCGAGCUUGGUUUUGGGAAAUACCAAACACUUGACUAAAAUAUAAAUUGUGUUCAUGUUACAGUACUCUGCAGUGUCUCUCUCUCUCUCUCUGUCUGUGUCUGACAGAUUUGUCAAACUGAGCUCUACUCACAACAAUGCAAUUCCAUGCAAAAUGCCUCAUUAUAAUGGGAUAGACAGAAACUGUCUCGAAAAUGUGAACUUGCACAUUUCUUCACUAUCAGCAAUACCAGAAACAUAUUUUUGGUGUGCAAGAUUAUUGCUUUGGCUUUUUUAUUUUUAUUUUUUUGUCUGUGUAUGAAAUGUAUUCCCACACUAAAUUAAUACCCUAUUUUUGAGAAGAGUGCGUACAGACACAGUUGGAAUGGAAGCCUGUUUUUUUUUAUUUUUUUUAUUUUUUUCCUGGGUUGUUUUUCUAUCAUCCCCGUUCCUGAAGCUCAGAGAAAGCAGAGGAUAUCUGUGCAUAAUGCAGGCUAAGGGCUGCGUGUGGAGGAGGAACGAGCCUUUGUGCUGGAAGAUGAGUCUGAUAAAACUGUGGUAGGAGGGUGAGAACUCAUUUCCUGCUCUUCUGAGAAAGGUGUUGUCUAUAAAUGUAGAUAUGAAAAGGCUGUGCACGAACAAAGAAAACAGUACAUUAAAAAUAAUACACUUUUUCCCUAUUUUAUUGUUUAAAUACAUGCUUUAAAUGUAUUUGUAAAACAAGAUUAAAAACGCAUGUCAUAUUAUGGGACUAUUGCCACAAUGGAAAGAAGAAAAAAAAAACUUUAAUUAUACUCUUUUGAAUCAAUGAGGUGUUGACGAAGCACUGUAUUUCACAAUUUAAGAAUAAUUAUCCCCUUGCAGAUUAUAAUUAUUUCAUUAUUGUUUAAAACAAAUAACUACUAUCAUAAUUUGGUAUGCAUUGUAUUGUAUUCUGUUUAGUUUGUAUUUAUUGUGUGUGUGUGUGUGUGUGUGUGUGUAUACAGUAUAUAUAGUAUAUUCAUUUUCAACUCCAAAUUAAGACUAUACAAACGCAUGACAUUUAACAGCUCACCUUAGCGAUUUAUGAGAAGAUUUAAAUCCAAAUACUGCACUUUCUUUUUUUUCCUCCAAGGUUUCAUGGCAACUGCUAUGAGAUGUAUGUGAAGCGUGUGUGGGUGUGCUGUAAUCUUUCGCAAGCAGAUUGUUUCAUGAGCGUGCCCGUUUUUUCCAAACACGUCAGAGAACCAACCUCAUUUUCUCCAAUUCUGGAUGUUGUCUCUAGAGGAAGAGAAAGAUAUUAAAGACUCACAGAAUCUACGGAGACAGCUGGAUCUAACGCUGAACAUUUGGGGGGAGAGGAGCAGUGCCAAUUUGCCCUUAACCUACUGAAAGAAAAUUCACAAUAUUUGAAGCUAUGCUUUAAGCAGCAUUAACCUUAGUUCUUCACAAUUGUAAACCCCCCAUGAAUACGGUCAACAUGGUCUUGCUCUGUUCCUUCAGUGGAGAAAAUAGAAAAUGUUAACAUUUGGAGCAGCCACUUAGUGCCUAAUCUUGUGGACGGGGGUAGUUAUUAGACAAAUAAAUCAGGUAACUGUGCUGUUUGAAAGGCUUGUGCUUCCACUGCUUAAUUAUCACAAAUUCCAAAAUAUUAUCACGAACAACUUGAAAUAUGGAUUAAUAUUGCUUACUUUAAUUAUUUCUAAUAAUCAUUUGUAGUCACCACAACAUUUCAGUCAUUCAUAAGGCAUUGUGCUCUAAACCAUGUGGUCAGUACAAUGGUAUUUAGUGAGAAUCAGUAUAACUAAUACAUUGUUCUUGCUUUUUGAAUACAUUUUUGGUGUAACAUACCCUGUGAAGUAUUUAUAUUGUUACAGUAAUGGUCAUUUCUGAAAAUGUACAAUUUUGAGCAAUGUAUUUUGCCCAUUCUGCAAGCUAUAAUUGUGCAGUGUGUGAAGUCAGAUUGUAAUGUUAAUGUAAUGUCUGAUUAGGCCACUGGUGCAGGAGAGUAUUUACCCUUUAGCUGAUGAUAGUUUUAAUCCAGGCCUUCAGGAACAAGCUUCACGUUUAGCCAAAAACAGAUUCCUUUUUUAAUUUUUGGUGUUUAAUUUAUUAUCAUACCUCAGUGCCUUUGAGGAUUUUGCAACCGGUUUGAUUAUUAUAAACUGGGUGAGGAUUUUGUGUUUGAGUGUUUUAAUUAUUAGAUGCAAAUGGUUUGCUUAUGACAAACUGUUGUAUUCUCACUGCUUUGAAAAUGAAUGACAAGUUGUCAAACAUUUGAGAACAUAAAGGGACAAGUCAAAUGAUUUCGUGAAAUUCAGUUUUCAUUCAGUUUCAAAGUUUUGUAUUUUUAAA